AUGGAGUUUGUGUUCCUGGCCUAUCCCUCGCCCCCAGAGCUGCAUGUCCUGUUGUUCCUUGGGGUCAGCCUGGUUUAUACACUGGCCAUCACUGGGAAUGUCCUCGUUGUGGUGGCCAUCCAGACAGAAGCUCGCCUGCACACACCCAUGUACUAUUUCCUGGGCAGCCUCUCGGGGGUAGAAAUAUGCUACACGGCUGUGGUGGUGCCCCACAUCCUGGCCAACGUCCUGCAGUCAGAGAAGACCAUCACUCUCCUGGGCUGUGCCACUCAGAUGGUUUUCUUCAUUGGACUUGGCAGUGCCGACUGCUUGCUCUUGGCUGCCAUGGCCUAUGACCGAUACGUUGCUAUUCGCCACCCUUUGCAGUAUCCUCUCAUCAUCACUUUAACUCUCUCUGUCCGCUUGAUUGCAGCCUCUGUGGUCAUUGGCUUGUUCCUGUCCUUACAACUGGUGGCCUUUAUAUUCUCUCUGCCAUUUUGCCAGGUUCGAGGUAUCGAGCACUUUUUCUGUGAUGUGCCACCAGUGAUGUGUCUUGUUUGUUCCGAGAGCCACAUCCAUGAGCGGUCAGUUUUGGUGGCAGCCACACUAGCCAUAGCUGUGCCCUUCUUCCUUAUCACCACCUCCUACGCCUUCAUCGUGGCCACUGUGCUCACGAUCCACUCAGCGGCUGGCCGCCACCGGGCCGUCUCCACCUGCUGCUCCCACCUCGCUGUGGUCCUGCUGCAGUAUGGCUGUUGUGCCUUCAUGUACCUGCGCCCCAGCUCCAGCUACCACCCCAAGCAAGAUCCGUUCAUCUCACUGGUGUACACAUUAGGAACCCCAUUGCUCAACCCACUUAUCUACACCCUGAGGAACAGUGAGAUGAAGGGGGCCAUAGGGAGAGCUCUUACCAGAAACUGCCUCUCCCAGAACAGCUAG